AUAAAAAAACAAAAACAUUGUCUCCAUACAGUUUUAAAUAAUAAAUAUGGGUAGGACUGUGUAUUCUCCUGAAUAUUGCCUUCAAUAUUUAGAACAGUAUGCUGCUAAAGAAAUUUAUGUAAUUGGCUUAAUUCUGGGCCAAGUCACGGAGUCACGAGAAAAUGUAAUACAUUUGGCUCGUACUCCUGAUGAAAAAAAUGAUGCGUCUUCCGAAGCAAGCUACACUUCAGAAAAGCCGGAAACAUUGCGUACCUUGUUAGAUAUCUCAGAGACAUGGGUUGCAGAUCAUGCAAAGCAUGUUACCCGAAUGUUACCUGGCGGAGUUUUUGUCCUGGGGAUUUUCAUCACAAGUGAUGAAGAUAUUUUUGAAGACCCUAAUUACUUCAGCAAAGUCAAGUCUGUGUUGAAUUAUACACAUAAAGCUCUUAAUAGCAAUCAAUAUAUGUAUGGUAACAUCCCUAAUUCCAAUGAAAAGUUGAUUCUACAUAUGUCCACAAGUACAAAAGUAUUAACUUGUAAGAGCAUUGAAGUUGAUGUGGGAAGUAAAAUGUCCAUAAAGCCUGUUGAAUGGAAGUUCCUACCAAAACCACAGCAAUGGCAAAGACUUGACUGCUAUUAUGACUUUGAUGAGGUUUACCCUGUUUUAGUGAAGAACAGUGGAAUAUCUGUUAAACAUCAGUUUCAGCAAAUACUGGAGUCUGCCCACAAAACAAUUGAACUGUGUGUUAUGUUCAUUGAUGGAGAGUUGAAAGAGGCAUCAGAACCUUUAGAACAAGUUUUUAAGAAGAGGAAGAUUAUAAAAAGAGCUACAGAUAAUCCUAAAUCUAUACAAGUGUCUUUGUUUGUGCCUUAUGAGAAUACCUUUCCAGAAACAGUGCAAUAUUCAGAGUGUGAUGGCCAUAUACACUUUAGUGGAGUUGUUGCAUCCAGUAUAUUUAUGUAUCCUAAAGCUACAAUCAAAGAAGCUACGGAGGCUGUUAAACAAGAUAUAAUAAGGUCACUAGCCUCCCGAUUCACUAUGCACUGUGAUGCAUUGAUUGAUGACAAUUUACUACCAGAAGAAAAAAUAUGCUUCAACGAACCACCCCGUCGUGUAUUAGUACCGGUGGGGACUUCUUACUUCUGUGAUUAUCUGUUUCCUGGGGAGGCACCAGCUGAAGCAUUGGUAUCUGUCAAAGAACUACUAGACUUGCAGAUAACAGAAGCAGAUGUUGUUUGUGAUAUUGAAACUCCAGCAGAUACAUCAGAAUUUGAUGCUUUAGAUCGUGAUGCCAGUAGCGAAGAGCUUCUCGCCACUCCCCAAGAAGCCAGCCAAUUCAUGUAUAUAACAGGAAUUUGCUUUGCCAUGUUUGUUUUAAUUGUAUCAAUAUUUAUACAUUACUAUGAUGGAAUCGUCACAUGUUUAAGUAAUUUCUUUUCUAAAUCUUAAAUUCCAUUCACUUUAUUUAACUUGAUAAAAGAGGAAUCGAUAGUAAUAAAUAAUCUUCAACAAUAUAACAUUACUAUGAUUUCACCAGUAUUUUUAAAUGUGUUUCGGAAAAUAUACGUAAAUUUUACUCAUUUUUUUAUUAUGUACACUUAAUAUUAUCGAUUUCUCUGGGAUUUAGUAAAUCAAGGUUGUUUGACUAUAUAUAAAAUAAGACU